CCAGCUUUCAUAGACGGAAGCAAAACUUGGACAUGAAAAAAUUCCAGCUGGGAAAUAAGACUCUUCCCUUAACAAUACCUCAUGCCCGAGCAGAUGACAUUAGCAGGAUUCCUGCGGAAGUCUCCGGAGGGGACAUUGUUCUGUGUUUUCAGCACAGGAGAUGAGAAGAUGGAUGAAGGAAACCUAAAUGCCUCCAUUCCCCCAUGGCACCGGCUGCUGUGGGGUUCCCAGUGCUCCCAAGAGUCGUCUCCGCGGCCAAACUCCCAAACUUCCUGACAGCGGCCCCGGCCCUGCCUCCGCUUCCGACGCCGCCAGCGCCAGCCCCACGGCACCGUGGCCUCCGGCCAGGAUGGUGCUGCGGGCUGCGGCGCUGGCGCUGCACUUCUGCCUCCUGUCCGCCCUCCGGCCCAGCGACCCCAACGUCUGCAGCUACUGGGAGAGCUUCACGGUGGCUGUGAAGGAAUCCUACACCAAACCCCACGUCGUGUCCUCCGGCGAGCCCUGCCCCACGGUGAUGGGCACUCCACUGCCCUGCCUGCAGCAGAGGAUCGUGCACCGCACCGAGUACCGGCAGACGAUCCGCACCGAGUCCCGCCGGCGCUACCAGUGCUGCCAGGGCUACUACGAGAGCCGGGGGACCUGCGUCCCGCGCUGCUCGCAGGAGUGUGUCCACGGGCGGUGCGUGGCCCCGGAGCGGUGCCAGUGCGAGCCGGGCUGGCGCGGCCCCGACUGCUCCAGCGACUGUGACGAGCACUCCUGGGGGCCCGGCUGCGCGCAGCCCUGCGACUGUCACCACGGGGCCCCCUGCGACCCGCUGAGCGGCGCCUGCUACUGCCCCGCCGGCUUCGCGGCGCCGCGCUGCGAGGAGCCGUGUCCCGCCGGCACCUACGGCCGCGGCUGCCGCCUGCGCUGCGCCUGCCCCCCCCGCGCCGCCUGCAACGCCUCCACCGGCGCCUGCCGCUGCCCCCCGGCCCUCGCCGGGCCCCUCUGCGAGGUGCCGUGCCCCGAGGGGACCCCCUGCGACACCCCCUGCCCCUGCCAGAACGGGGGCAUCUGCCACCCCCCCGGCACCACCGUCUGCGUCUGCCCGCACGGAUGGAUGGGGGAGAUCUGCUCCGUGCCGUGCCCCCCCGGGCGGUUCGGCCCCGGCUGCCAGGGCGAGUGUCGCUGCCACAACGGGGGACACUGUGACCCCAAGGGGGGACAGUGCCAGUGUGCCCCCGGCUUCACCGGAGAGCAGUGCCGGGAGCGGUGCCCGGUGGGACGGUACGGACCGGGCUGCCGGGAGCACUGCGACUGCGCCAACGGCGGCCGCUGCUUCCAUGUGGACGGCGGCUGCUUGUGCGAGGCCGGGUUCCAGGGGAGCCGCUGCGAGGAGCGGCGCUGCCUGCCCGGGCUCUACGGGCUGCACUGCGAGAGCCGCUGCCUCUGCCACCCGCAGCACAGCCAGAGCUGCCACCCGCUGCUGGGGGAGUGCAUCUGCAGCCCUGGCUGGGCCGGGCUCUUCUGCAACGAGAGCUGCCCCCCCAGCUCCUUCGGGGCCGGCUGCCUCCAGCCCUGCCUCUGCCUCCACGGGGGGGUCUGCGACGGGGCCACCGGCCUCUGCCACUGCCCCCCCGGCUACACGGACGAGCACUGCUCCUCCCUGUGCCCCCCCGACACCUUUGGCACCAACUGCUCGGGGCGCUGCUCCUGCCAGCACGCACUGGCCUGCUCCCCCCUCGACGGCUCCUGCCUCUGCAAGGAAGGCUGGCACGGCCCCGACUGCUCGACACCGUGUCCCGGCGGCACGUGGGGCCCCGGCUGCAACCGGAGCUGUGACUGUGCCCAUGGGGCUGCCUGUGACCCCCAGAGCGGGAUGUGCCGCUGCCCCCCGGGCUGGCAGAGCCCCCGCUGCCUGCAGCCCUGCCCGAAUGGGACGUUCGGGGCGGGCUGCAGGGAGCGGUGUGACUGUGCCAACGCUGAUGGAUGUGACCCAGUGACCGGAGAGUGCCGCUGCCUGCCCGGCUGGACAGGCGCUCAGUGCAAGCAGAGCUGUCCCCACGGCUUCUGGGGCCGCGGCUGCCUCUCACCCUGCUCCUGCCGCAACGGAGCCGCUUGUUCACCCCACGAUGGCUCCUGUACUUGCGCCCCGGGGUACCGCGGCCCCUCCUGCCAGCGCCCCUGCCCGCCCGGCCGCUACGGGAAGCGCUGCGCCCUGAGCUGCUCCUGCGCCGAUGGCUCCUCCUGCCACCCCGCCAACGGCUCCUGCCUCUGCGCGCCGGGGUUCCGCGGUCCCCGCUGCGCCCAGCCCUGUGCCCCCGGCUCCUGGGGGGCCGCCUGCGCCCAGCCCUGCCUGUGCCGCCACGGGGGGACGUGUCACCCCGCCGAGGGGACCUGCCACUGCCCGGCCGGAUGGACCGGGGCGCUCUGCGGCGAAGCCUGCCCCCCUGGCACCUUCGGGCUCCAGUGUGCGCAGCUCUGCCUCUGUCCCCACAACGCCACGUGCCACCCGGCCAGUGGGACGUGUCCCUGUGCCCCGGGCAGGACCGGGCCCCACUGCGGUGAUGGGACCCCCGAGCAGCCGUACACCAUCGUGCCAGCCCCCCCGGCAGCCUACAGCUCGCUGGGGGUGGUGCUCAGCCUGGUGGCCCUGGUGGCACUGCUGGUGGCCGUGGUGGCCACGGGGCUGUGGUGCCGGCACCGGCAGAAGGGGAAGGGGAGCCGGCACCUUGCUGUGGCCUAUACGGCAGGACAGACGGACACGUCAGACUACAUGGUGCCAGAUGUGCCCCCGAGCCACCACGCACACUAUUACUGCAACCCCAGCUACCACACGCUGUCCCAGUGCCCGCUGCCGGCCCCCGGUGCCCCGGACACAGCCAGCGUCAAGGUCCCCGGCUCGCAGCUCCCAGCGGCUGCGGAUGGAGCCGGCAGCACCACGCUGCCCCCCGGCUGGAAGCACCGCGGAGCCACGGGCAGCAGCGGGGAGCAGCUGGACCGGAGCUACAGCUGCAGCUACAGCCUGGGGAAGUAUGAAGACUCCCUCCCGGAGGGUCUGGGCGGCAGCGGCAGCUCCCUGGGCAGCGAGAGCCCCUACGCCACCAUCCGGGAGCCCCCCCCGGCCCCCGAAGGCAGCUACAUGGAGAUGAGGCCCCCGGUGCGCAGGGAGAUGUCCUACGCCGAGAUCCGGCCCCUCGAGGAGCCGCCCCACGAGAGCUGCCCGGAGGGGGGUGACGUUGUGACCCCCGCAGCCCCCCCCAGCCAUUAUGACUCCCCCAAGAACAGCCACAUCCCCAUUCACUACGACGUGCCCCCCACCCGCCACCCGCCGUCACCCCCUGCGCCGCGGGGACCCGGGGGACACCGGGGGGGCACCAGGGACACAGGACUGACCCAGUCCCCCAGCCCGGGGGGCGCCGGUGCUGAAUAAAGAGGUGUUGGUGUGA